AUGAGCUCGAGCGCGCCACCCGCCAAGCGCUCCAUCACGCAAGACUUUACGGGCGACAAGGACGCGCUCGUGCCGCUCGAAAAGGUCGACCAGCUGCUCACCCAGCCCGGCUCGGCACUCGAGACCGAGGUGCGCCUCGUCAACGGUCGCCUCACCACCGUGUGGAAGCUGCUCCCCAACUCGGUGCGCGAUCUGUGGCUCUUUUCUGCCUCGACGUAUGCAUCGAGACCGUUCAUCGUCGCCGAGGGUGAGUCGCACACGUAUGCCGCUGUGCACAAGCGCGCGCAGCUCGUCGCGACGUGGCUCUCGCGCCAGCUCGGCGUGCAAAAGGGCGACCGCGUGGCCAUCGUCGGGCGCAACCACGUCGAGUUCGUCAUCGGCUUCUACGCGGUCCAUCUGCUCGGCGGUGUGCCGGCGUUGGUCAAUGCCUUCCUGCCCGGACAGGCCAUGUACGACUGCAUCCGCGACGUAGGGUGCAAGGCGGCGCUGUUCGAUGUAGAGCGUUUCCGCCGCAUGCGCGACAGCGACACGGACCUCAUCAAGAAGCUCUUUGGCCCCGCGGGUCCGGACUGCGUCGACGACUUUGACUGCGUCCCCGGUGCGCACUCUGGUCUUUCGGGCGUGGCUGUCUUCCCGCGUGCGGUGUCGGGCAUCGUGCCGGAGAACCAGCGCGAGUGGACGGGCGGUAAGGCGGGUGACAAAGUGUACGAUGCGCACGAGCUCGACCGCCAGUACGCCGACGUGGCACAGCGCGCCGAUGCGAUCCCCAAGAUCGAGAUCCUGCCCGAGGACAUGGCGAGCGUGCUCUACACGUCCGGCACCACGGGCAAGCCCAAGGGUGUGGCUGCGACGCACCGACAGUUCCUCUCGGCCGGUCCCAAUGCCGGCUACGGCGUGGCGAGCGCAUACGUGCGUCGCGGACUCGCACCGCCCGUGCCGCAGCCCGACGACGAACAGGCUUCGAGCAUCCUGCUCAUCCCGCUCUUCCACUCGACGGGCAUCCAGUCCGGCCUGGUCCCCAGCACCGCGCGUGGCACCAAGAUCUGCCUCAUGCCAAAGUACGACGUGGAUGCUGCGGCACGCAUGAUCCAGGAGCACAAGGUGCAGAUCGCCGUGGGCAUCGGAUUCAUGGUGCGCGAGCUGGUGCUGAGCAAACAUGCGCUGCCUUCGCUCGAGGCCAUCUCGCACGGUGGCUCGUCGAGUGCCAAGGAGAUCCCCGAAGAGGCACGUGCCAAGAAACCCGCCAUGCUCGUAGGUCAGGGAUACGGAUCCACCGAGGUCAACGGCGCCGCUUCCGCAUUGGCUAGUGACGACUACCGUCUACGCCCCACCUCGGCAGGUCGUGCACCACCCACCAUCGACAUCCGCAUCGUCGAUCCGGACACGCUCGUCCAGGUGGCCAACGGCAAGGUGGGCGAGAUCUGGAUCCGUGGCCCCAACACGGCGCUCGGGUAUUGGGGCAAGAAGAAGGCGACUGAAGAGGCGUUUACGCGCGAUGGGUACUUCCGCACCGGCGAUCUGGGACGCAAGGAGGACGACGGCUUCAUCUACGUCAUGGACCGCUCCAAGCACAUUAUUAUCCGCGGCGGCGAGAACAUCAGCGGCACCGAGGUGGAGACGGCCAUCUAUUCGGAGCGUCGCAUCAUCGAUUGUGCGGCGGUACCUAUUCCGGACGACCGCUUUGGCGAGACCGUCGGCAUCGUGUGUGUGCCGCGCGCCGAGUUCCAGAAGCAAAACCGCCCCACGGAGGAGGACGUGCUCAAGGUGGCUAGGAAGCUGCUGCCCAAGCACGAGGUGCCGGAUUUCAUCUGGAUCCGCGACGAACCGCUCGAGCGCAACGCCAAUGGAAAGGUCGACAAGGCCAUCGUCAAGGAGGCUGCUCGCAAGCGACAUGCCGAGCAAAAGGCGGCGAGCGCAAAGCCCAAGCUCUAG